CCCACCUGCGACAUUUCUCCAGGUGUGUCUCUUCAGGACGUCAACAACUCGCAUUGUGCACCAAUACUCUCACUUUCUGUCCUCGGGAUUUCUCAUCUUGCACUAUCACUUUGUCUAUGGCAUCAAAGGACACUUCGAAUCCAGACAGACGAGAUUCCUCCUCUCAACGCAAGAAUGCGCGCCCGUCUCUGGCCGACAAUCCUCACCAUCCCAAUUCAGCCGCGUAUCUCGCAUACCCGGUCAAACACGUUGUAUCCAGCCUCUAUCGUCGUAUGACCGAACCUCCUGAGAACCCGGUCAACAGACUCCUCGAUGCGCCCGCGAUUUCGGCCUCCUCAUCGGGCAGAUAUACUCCUCCAAGAAGAACUGCGUCUCCUUUCCAACCUCCACCCCUCACCCCUCUUGAAUUGAGGCACUCAUUGUCCCAAAAAGCCGCAGGCUCCUUGCUCUUGACGCGCUCACUGGCCGAAGAAAUUCGACUUCUACUCCCUCCACGGCUUCAACUCAUUGAUCACUGGACGUUGGCAUAUUCACUAGAGGCUCAUGGUUCCUCGUUAGCGACCUUAUAUGAACACUGCGCCCACGUUUCGACCUACACUCAGCGCUCAGGCUAUGUCCUUGUAGUAAGAGACGGGUCGGCAUCAUCAACAAAUGGAUCUGUCUUCGGGGCAUAUCUCUCGGACGUGCCCAAACCAUCCCUUCAUUACUUUGGCACAGGCGAAUGUUUCCUCUGGCGGGCAAGCAUCUUGCCCACCUUGCGGGAUCUGUCUACAAACCUGCGCCCCGGUACAGAACCCGCCUCAAACGACCUGCUGGAGUUGGCUGGGCUGCCCCCUCCGCCUAGUGCUGAUACCACCAACCUGCAACGGUUUACCACAAUCCGAGGGGAGCGUCGGACACCCUCGGCGUCAACCACCUCGUUACCACAGCCUUCCAACACCAAGGAACCAUCCGCGCACUUACAGUCGCCUAUUGAUCGAUCAGGCGCUUCAACACCCGACCGAAUCAGGUUCAAAGCGUUUCCUUACAGUGGUGUGAAUGAUUUUCUGAUCUACUGUGAAUCAGGAUAUCUCUCCGUCGGAGGCGGAGAUGGGCAUUAUGGCCUGUGGUUGGACGAUGAAUUGAAUAGUGGCAUCAGCGAAUCAUGUCCCACGUUUGGUAACGAACCACUAAGCGAAGAGGGCCGACGAUUCGAAGUUCUCGGCGUGGAGGUGUGGUAUGUUGGUGCAUGAACACAGAGCUUUCGGCGGCGAAUCAGAGCCGAGCACUCACCUCUGUACACUGACCACUUAACCUACAAUGCCAGGGAGUCUGGGAGGCCGUUCCAGUCAUUGAUCCAACCAAACUGAAAUUGAUUCAUUACAGCUCAUUAUCCCUGGGUGUCGGACAGGAAUCUGCCACCGGGUCCCCUAUCUUGAAUAAUCGGGAAAUGCGCCGAAUUUGUCGUACGUCGAGCGAACAGUUUUCCCCAGACAGCAUAACGAGACUUCUGUUUGCGGCAAAGAUACUGCUGGACGACGAAUCUGGGGCAGAUCACCGGUGUUUGGCUGGAGCGAUCCAUGCUGAGUGAGCUGCCUUGACACGCGGCCCUGAUCUUGAAGCAUGACUUGCAUGAUCUCUUUCUGGGUACAAUCUACAAGAAGUUAGCCGUGUGGACAGCCGACUGCAAUCACCAACGCUGAUUACUUCAGCAGACCGUACCGGUCGAAUUGAUUGUUAGCUUCAAGACAACCAAGGUGGCUUUCCCUUGUGAGGAUUUCUGGCAAGUGAGGCCUUGGCUUAUUGGCGCUGGGAGACACCUGUCCCCAGACCCCGAUAUCCCAUAUACUUUCCCCGUCCGUGGAGCAGAGGGUUUGGAUUAGGUCAGUGGUUGCCUUGCUUUGGUAAUUCUGCCACUACUUGCAUCCCAUGCCAACCCUUUUGAGAACCCGUCCUGAAAAGGACUAUGUUAUACGUAUCUGUAGAGGCAUGGGAGGUCUGGAUCUCUGCUCUUUCAGAUGCGGUCGAAACGGAUCGUCGAUUGAGCCCUUCGUUGGACCCGUUCGCUCACGGCGGCCGAAUAUUUUGUCUCAAUCGCAGGAGCCAGACUCCACCUUUGAUUUCCAACAAGCUAUACAGAUGCCCUGCUCAAAUCGUCGUACCAAAUAUCCCCGGGCGUUUAAAGGUGGAGAUCAGCCGUCGGUCGGGACGUAGAUCGGGCGCAACCGCAGGCGCAUUUAGGGGCAUGCUGCUGCUAGGUAUUCGUACGAGAGCAUCGCAGCUGCAUCAGAUGUGAAUCCAACGUUGGGGGAGCCACAACGACGUCAUCCCUCAGGUGCUGUGGUGUUGGGGGGGCUGAAAGUACAGAGCAAGCCACGACUUGAAUGCUCCAUUCCGUGUGCGGGACCGAAUGAAAGCCUAGGUCUGGACAGCAGUGCGAGCUGGGGAGCUGGGGAGAAAGCGGCUAGGCCAAUGGCUGUCGAGGCCACACCUGCCGCAAGAGGAAACCCGGGCGAUAUCCGUAAAGCGAAAGCUUGAAUCCCAGGAAAUGAAUUCCUGCGGAAGGAUGGAGAUGGCUGCAAGCAUUAUUGUUUCGAAGCAACGCGGGCCAACAUUGUACCUGUGGGCCAGCAAUGACGCAGGUGGUACAAGGCACCAGCAACACUACUCAAAGAAGACGCCUAGUCAGCAAGUCCAUGCACACAAGUUGGACCACUGGUGUGCAGCAGAAAACGGGGGAGAAAAUGCGCCGGGCCUAAAAUCCACGUGGUUGUGGUUGUGGUUGUGCUGUGAGACUCGCAUGAUCUGACGGGUAGCUAUCUCCCAUCUACCGCCGCCAGCUAGUCCGGGUUUGCGGGGGAGGCAAAGAGCGAUGGUUGAGGGUGAGAAUAAACGACGGUGGCUUGAUUCCUGGCAAACUGCGUGUUCCCCGAAACGGGGGGGGGCCCUUGUUUGGGUGCUUCGUAUUGGCCAUGCUCGAGGACGCAGAGCGGCAACAGAUGAAACAGACCAUUUGACCGUCUGAAGUACUAAAGCAGACGGGAGGAGAAGAACAUCUCAAAAUGGGUAGUGGUGUAACCGAUGAUUUGAACAGCGCCAUGGGGUUAGUCAUGAUCAUUCAAGCAACAGACCACAGCGAAUUCCGCCCUGCAAACACGGUCAGCAAAGAUUAUCCGAG